UUACCUAGUGAAGGCAAAUCUAACUUAACUUAACUUGACUAUGAAACCAAAUAUUGAUAGAUAGGGUUUUUAUUUUUUCCCGAUUUCAGGGUUUGAAUCAAAUUGGACCCUUUGGUCCCUUCUUUUUCCAAUCUUCAUCUCUCUCUUUCUCUCUCUAAUCCAAAUGCUAACACCCGUGAUCCUCUACAUGUAAUCUCACCGUAACUUCCAUAAACCCUUUUUCUCAUCAUGUCUACCGGAUCUCCCUCUUCCCUUCCCGCCGACCACCACCACCGAUCAUCUCCCUCACCGGAACCAGAUUCCAAAAAUCACAUCGAGCCUGAGCCUGUACCUAAACAGGAAAAGGAAACGGAAACGGAAACAUCACCCGCUCCUCCAUCACCACCAGCUCCUCUUCCGCCGCCGACCACCAGAAGCAACCGCCCUUCCCGAGCUUGCACAAUUCGCGCUGCGUCGCGAAACUAUUCUUCCCAGCAGCCGGUAAUUGAACGGAAACCGAAGAAAGAGCAUAAGCGGGAGGAACAGGAGGAGCGGGAGGAGUCUCCUCCGCUGCCGCAAUGCAGUAACAGUAAGAUUGUUACUCCGCUCGUGGAGCCGCCGUCUGAGUCGCAGAUGUCGCGGUGGAAGUUAAGGUCGAUGUGGGAGUUAGCUUCCGUGCUCAAUUUCUUGAAUUUGUUUAGGCCUUUGUUGAAUAUCUCACUUGAAUUCUCUGCGGAAGAGUUCGAGACUGCUCUUCUCAAUCCCAAUGACACUUUGUUUUACAUUCACAUGCCUUUGCUAAAGGCAAUCCCUCCUAUUACACGAAUGGCACUCACACGGGAUACUUGGAUAACCGUAUUAUGCAGAAAAUUGAGAGAUUGGUGGCAUUGGGUUGCCGAGGGGGAUCUCCCGAUUGUUGCUUCACACGGGACGGAGAUUGAAGUUUAUAAAUCACUUGAUCCAUCUGUCCGUAUUAUCAUCUUAAAAGCAUUAUGUGACAUUCGUGUUGAGCAAGAAGAUAUCCGAAGUUAUAUUGACAACUCGAUUAAACAUGGUGCUCAACUUUCAACAUUCCGUAAAGAGCGUAUUGGAGGUGAUUCAAAUGGAAUCUCUUAUUGGUAUGAAGAUGACCCCGUGAUUGGUCAUAGGUUGUAUAGAGAAAUAAGAAAAACUGAAGUGAUUCAACCAAGGAAAGGGAGAUCAAGAGGUUCUCAGGUUCUUUCUAGUACGUCAUAUCAGUGGGAAGCGGUUGCUACCAAUUUUGAUGAAUUUCAAGAUGUUUCUGAGAAACUUUUCUCAAGUAAAAACAGAACAGAGACUUCUGUGGGGAAAAAGCUGAAGAUAGACAUGCUUCCUGAAAUUGAGAAAGUUCACAAGAAAAAAGAGAGGUUGCUGAAAAAGCAGCACAGAGAAGCUCUUCUUCUUGAUAAUUACUUGGUUGCUGAUGCGCUUUCUUCUGGGCGUGCACUUCGUGACAGGAAACCUGUGACUUACACUUUCGAUGAUUAUGAUCGGUCCAUCAAUGAGGCAAUAAAAGUAACCAAGCGGAAGCAGUCAUCUCCAGAACCUAUGCCCAGGAGAGAACCAGUACCGAAGCCUGAAGAUUUGACUAAUGGGAACCAUGGUCCUUCACAUGUUGCACAAGAGCAGAAUUUUACUAUCUCAUCUCCAGAAUCAUUUGACUCUGAUGAUGACGAUGAAUAUGAUAAUACUGACAAUUUGGACCGAAGUGGUCGUCGAAGAAGGAAACCUAAGCGGUAUUCAGAGAAUGAGUUUGUUGAAGAAGUAUCAGAUUAUGAGCCAGAAUUUGAAAGUGAUGAUGAUAUUGUUGGAGAGGUUGUAUAUGAUGAAGAAUAUCUCAAGAAACGUAAGCAGAGAAGGAAGCAUUCUAGCAGCUCUGAAGGAGAUGAAGAAUAUCAGUGGGAUGAUGAUAAUGUAGAAGAUGAAGAAGAAGAGGAGGAGGAAGAGGACGAUGACUCGGCUAGCAUGAGUGAGGAUAGUGACAAACCCCGAAAAGCCAAACGGUUGCCUGGCCGAACUAGGAGGGAAACUAAACUCAGGUCUGUGGGUGAGAUUCAAUCAAGUCCAAGACGCAGUAAGAGGGCAACUAGAAAUCGUAUAAAUUACAAACAAUAUGAGUUGUCGGAUUCAGAAACCGAGUUCACCAAACCCGGGAAAUCUAAUGCAUCAGCUGAUCACUCAGAUCCCAGUGAGAAUGAAAAUGAGAAUGCUAAUGAGAAUGAUAAUGAGAAUGAGAAUGGGGAAUAUAUGGUGGAAAGUGAAGAUUCAGAUAGCGUUGAAGAUGAAGAUCAGGAAAUGAAAGUAGACGAGCCUGUUAGUGUUCCUUACCCUGCAGUAGAAGAGAAUGAACCAAACCAGCCUCCUGAAAAGUCAAGUAGUCCUCCUGGUCAAGAUGAAGUCGAGGGCACGGGAAAGAGACGUUUCCUUGAUUUGAAUGAGCUUGCCCCUAGUCCUGGAUUUGAUGAUGGUCCAAAUACAAUAAUGAAAGACGAAGACAACAAUGAUUACUGAAGCUUCUUCCUCUUCUGUAUGAGUGCAGGGAUUGUAGUUUUCUAUCUAUCAGGGAAGAAGAAGCCUAUGUGUGUGAUAAUAGAAUUAUAAAUUUUGUUAUAAGCCCCAGAGGAAGUUAUUAGCAGGUCUCCUCCUAUGGCAUAAUCCGAGCAGCUGUCAGAGCAUGAUUUACCACCAGAAACAGUAAGUAUGAUAAGCUAUGUAGAUUAGUUAGUUAGUUAUUUUUUUUCUUCUUCCAGAGGGUCCAUCAAAAUGAAUGAGAAAUUGUAUCGGGUUAUUUAUUUGGCUCAUCCAAUCUAUGUACAAUAGUUGUUAACAGGUACUGUAACUUUAAAAAGAAGCGGCUUUCAGAUUAUAAACCCUGUAGUUCUGUUUCUUGAACUCUGAUCAGCAUGAACAUAAGCGCAUUUCGGUUGACA